GGGGCCACCGAGGCGCCGACUCCACAGGGCUCACGAGCUCGUGUGUAAGGAAUUGGCACAGCCAAUUUGUUUCAGUGUGUGGCGAGCCUGAGUGAGGUGCGUGCAUAGCGGACCUUUAACUUGUGAAGGUGUGCAUGACUUAGACAGUUCGUUUUCAACACCAGACAACUGAACUCUCAUUAUCAACCACGACGGGCAUAAUACCGUAUACAGAUCCUGUGCGUACUUUAUACGACUUUGGUUGGACUGCAAGGUGUCGACAGGAGAAUAUACCAUUCUUUCGCACAUGCACAGCGACGCAUUGGUGGAAUGCUUCUAACGAAUGAGAACUUUUAUGGAGUUUCCUUCUUUACUUCGUCUUUGGAUAGCUUUGGGACAGUAGAGCGCGGUUGCAGCUCCCCUUUUCCCGCGGAACUCUACCUGGAUGGAAACCAUGUCACCACAGCAACAGAACGAGCUGAGCCGCAGGACAUCAAUCACCGGCGAGUCCAAGACCAGCACGCAACAUGAACACAAGAGGAGGAUGAAGUCUCUGAGCCAUCGUCGACAGUCCGCUCCCUCUUUGGUCAUCAACAAAGCCCUGACCAGAUCCAGAACUUUCUCCAGAGAGAGCUUCCUGGUUCCUGUGUGUCCAGAGACGUGCCCAUUGGUCCAGUCGUUCCUGUGUCCUGAUAGGGCGUUCCUCCUGCACGGCCACGUCACGCUGAAGACAGGGCUGCAGACGCAGGACAGAGACCUCUUCCUCUUCACCGACAUCCUCAUCAUCGCCAAGUCCAAGUCUCCCACACACUUCAAGCUGAAGGCCCAGGUGUGUGUGGGUGAGAUGUGGACAGCCCAGUGUAUGGAGGACGUAUGUGAGGGCAGCACCAACCCAGAGAGGAGCUUCGUCAUGGGCUGGCCCACCUGCAACUAUGUGGUCACCUUCAGCUCUGAGGUCCAGAAGGAGAGAUGGCUCUCCAUGCUCAAAAGUCGAAUAAAAGAGGAGAAGGAAAAGGAUGAUCCUAAAACCAUUCCACUGAAGGUGUUUGGGAAAGGCAUCGGGAGUUGUGCUCAGGCCGUCAGUAAGACCUUGGGUGUCAGUAACUCUGAUUCAACCAAUGAGGUUGUCCGACUCGCUCUGCAACAGUUUGGUGUCACGAGCUGUGUGAAGGACUACCAGCUGUGGGUAAGCUCCAAGAGGGACAACGCCCCUUACCCUCUCAUUGGUCAUGAGUUCCCUUUCAGUAUCCAGAUGAGUCAUAUGCGGGAGCCCCUGUCCCAGCCGGGCCGCAGGGACACAGUUCCACCUCCAGACAGACAGAGGGCGAUGCACCGCGACCAGGUACAGGUGGACAAACAGUGCCAGUUCAUCCUAAAGACCCGAUGCAGCUUCACAACAACGUCUGUGAUUGUAGACCCAGCUCAGAAGCCCUUCAAGCGAAGGCGUUCUCUCAUCAACUGGGCUUUCUGGAAAGGCUCCAAUCCUAACCUCCACAGUUCCUCUACAAACCUCUCCUCUCCUGCCCCCGGCUACCUGUUCGGCCAAUCGCUGAGCACCAUCUGUUGGGACAACUCCCUGCCCAAGCCCGUCAUGGCCAUGCUGGUGUUUUUGUACAACGAGGGUCCGUUCACGCGGGGGAUAUUCCGACGGUCAGGGGGGGCGAGGGCGUGUCGUGAACUCAGGGACAGACUGGACUCUGGGGCUCAGGAUGUCCCGCUGACACGGGAGCACGUCUUCAUCAUCGCUGCUGUGUUUAAGGACUUCCUGCGGAACAUUCCGGGCAGUCUGCUGUGUUCAGACCUCUAUGAACAGUGGAUGGAUGUGAUGGAGGAAGCAGAAUCGGAGGAGGCAGAGGAGGAGGAGAAGGCACAGGAUAUAACGAGGCUGAUUGGUCUACUGCCCAAAGAGAACGCACUGUUGCUACGCCACGUGGUCGCCGUGCUGCACGGUAUCCAGGAAAACGCCCAUGACAACCAGAUGAACGCCUUCAACCUGUCUGUGUGCAUUGCUCCCAGCAUGCUCUGGGCUCCGGGCCCCAGCAGCCCCGAGGUGGAGGGGGAGGGCGCCAAGAAGGUGUGUGACCUGGUCAGGUAUAUGAUAGAACACUGCCAGGAGGUCCUGGGAGAGGAUGUCACCUCUGUGUUUGGAGGUCUACCCCGGAAACGUGCCGAAUCGGAUGUGUCUUCCUUCCACCUGACCGACUCGUCUUAUGACAGCCUGGAGAACAUGCUGAAUGAUGACAGCAGUGAGUCUCCAUGCCUCCACACCUCACGGCGACGCUGGAGAGCCAAGCCCCUGCAGGGCAGCCUGGACUCGGUCCUCACCCUGAGUGACUGCGACCUGGAGCAGCCCGACCUGGACACAGACCCCGACACCACAGACCCCCAAUCUGGCAACCACCACCACCGUGAUACGAUCACACAACCUGGAUCUGGCAACCUCCUCCAGCCCUCAACCCCAGCCCGAGGCAGGACCAGGAAACUCAGCCCAGCUGCGCCCCCCACCUCCUGUCCCAGCCCCCCAGCUCCUCGGAGGGGGGGGAGGAGGUGCUCGGAGCCGGCCAUAGGGUACUCUGUGGCCAGCUUUGUGGCGCGACUGGCAGGGAACGCAGACAGGCUGGGCAGCAUCGAUGACCUGGCUGGAGGUGGGGAGAUGUUUCACAGCUUACGGAAGGAUGGACAGACACAGACACACGGACCCACACACACAGGGGAGUGGAAUGGCAGUAAGGGUGUGUGUGAGGGUUCGGGGUCACAAGGUGCACAGACGCGACGCCGGGACGCAAGCUACUCCAGUCUCUCUUCGCCGCCCACCUCCCCCACCCCCACACGCUCCUCAGUGGACUCCCUGGACAGCCUCCUCUCCCACUCCAGCAUCCAGUCUGCUGCAUUCUGGCAACCCAGGCCGUUGACCAGCGCCGCAAGAUUGCCUCCCUCCCCUGCCCCUCCUGUCCCUCCUGGUCCUCCUGUCCCUCUAACCCCCAUAUCUUCCUCUACUUCCACCCAUAGUCUACCCAUCCCCACCCCAGCUCCAGGCCAGGGGCUCAGUCCCAAUAUCUCCCCGCCGAAGGAGAUCCCUUCCUGGGGUACGCUGAAGGGCUGCAGGGGGCUUCAUCCCAACACCUGGUUGAAGAGAGGCCGCAGACUGUCGCUGUCGCAGCAGGAGGAUGGGGGGGGUGUGGUGGGUUCCACUAACAAGACUCUCCCCACUAGCAAGUCAUGUCAGGAUAAAGGAGGGCUAAAACAGUCGUUUGAGGACCCCCCCAAGUCCAGCCUGGCCAGCUGCCCCCCAAAGGCAGGAGGGGUGCAGGAUCGCGGCAGGGUGACCAAGGACCGAAGAUCCAGUCAAGGCUCGGUGAGCCCACCAUCGCGCCAGAGGUCCCAGGAGCAUUUCCACUCCUGCCCCUCUCCCUGCUACCAACCGACAGACAGACCCUUCACUGUCAAAGAGCUGAGAGAGAUACACAGCCGGGCCUGUGCAGCGAACAACACAGGAUAUGACGUCACAAACCAGGGAAGCCGUACCCCUCCCCAACAUGUGUUCUUUGGGCAGGGUGGACCCAGCUUGUCCCUAGCCAGGCAGAAGUCCCACUCCCUAGCCCCAGGCAUGGAGGGUCUCUCCGGGGGGAGGGGUUCCCAGCGCCGGAGCUCCGAGCCUGGGGCAGCACAUCUAGGCGAAGCCCUGGUUCUGGAGGCUUCACAGGGAGGCCAAACUGGGUCAGAGGUCAAAGCUGUGAGGAACUAUUUCUCGUCUCACACGCGCAGCAAUCCCCAUAGUGGUCAGCAGGUGGCGCUAGCCCUGAUUCAGGGGCAGAAGGAGCGGCUCAGGAGGUGUAGUGAUCCCAUGCUGGAGCCUGACUUUGACCAACUGCUCUUUGCUGAAGAGUCCUACGUGUGA